AUGAGCCGCGCGGAGGCCGAGGCCUGCUCCCGGGCGCUGGCGCAGGCCCGCGUCUACCUGGGGCAGCUGCGGGGCCGCGUGGGGCCGGCGGGGCCCGAGGGCGGCGGGCGCCGGGAUUACCUGGUGGAGGCGGCGCGGCAGCUGCGGCUGGCGCUGGAGCGCGACGUCAGCGAGGACUACGAGGAGGCCUUCAACCACUACCAGAACGGCGUGGACGUGCUGCUCCGCGGCGUGCAGGUUGACCCCAACAAGGAGCGGCGGGAGGCCGUGAAGCGGAAGAUCACGCAGUACCUGCGGCGCGCCGAGGAAAUCUUCAAUUGCCACCUGCAGCGGGCGGCGGGGGGCGGCAGCACCGCGGCCACGGGCUACAGCAGCCUGCGCUUCCGGCCCAUCAGAACGCUGAGCUCGGCAGUGGAGAACCUGAGACGGUGCAAGGUUGUGGGAGUGAUUGAUAAGGUGCAGAUUGUCCAGGAUCCAGCCACUGGUGAGACCUUUAUACUCAAGAGCCUCCCCAAGUCCCACGUUGAGACCCGUGCGCGGCAGACCAUCAUCCCUCACGGGGUCCCCUUCAUGGUCAAGCUGUUGUGCUACUAUGUGAGCGAGGACUCCAUCUUCCUCCAUCUGGAGCACGUGCAGGGGGGGACACUGUGGUCUCACCUCCGCUCCCAGUACGGUGUCCAGCAGGACUGUGCCGAUUCAAACACCAUUCAAGCCCUCCAGCACCACAGCACAGAGGAUGGUGUGGGAAACUCCCAGGGUGGCAGCCAAGUAUCCAUCCUCCCCGUUUGGACAGGCAGUGGCCUCCCAGGCUCUGUGAACUGCCAAGCACUGGCAAACACUGAUGCCUCACUCCCUCAGGAGCAGUCCCCCGGCCCCACAGACUCUGGCUCAGGGAACCACUGCCAGCUUCUCCUGGCUCCUGCUGGUGGCAGUGGGGCUGCACCUGGAGGACAGGAUCUGAGUGUGACACAGACUGUGUCUAGUGGUGUGGACCAUUUUCCAGCAGUGUCAGCCAAAUGCCCUGGCCAGGGCCUGGUUGUCUACCCAUGGAAUGAUCUAACCAGCAGCACAGGCUGCAUAUCGGAGAGAACACCCUCCCAAAAAGGCCUCAGGCUUCCCCAGGGGCUUGUCCCUGUACCAAAGACUUUGAGAGGGGGCCAGCCAGGGGCAGGGCAACUGCCGACUCAGAAAGUGUCUGAGGCCUCCCAGGCUCAGCCCCUCCUGACCCUGGGUGAGAGGCAGCUUCCUGCAGGAGUUGCCCUGUCCAGCUCUGGCAAACCCAGUGUGCCUGACCCAGCCGUGUGGGAGCCCUCUUGGGGAGCAAGCCUGAAGUGUGGCUGGCUCAGCAAACAGCCACCAUCAGGACAAUGCAGAGCUUUGGCUUCCCAUGGGCACAGCCGGAGAGCGUGGGCUGUGAAGGAAGAGCAGGUGCAGCUGUGGGCAGCAGAAAUCCUCCUGGCCUUGGAGGGACUUCACCAACAGGGUGUAUUGUGCCGGGACCUCAACCCCAGGAACCUGCUGCUUGAUACAGCUGGUCAUGUCCGUCUCACCUUCUUUGGCCAGUGGACAGAGGUGGAGCCCCAGUACUGCAGCCAGGCACGGGAAGAGCUGUACAGUGCUCCAGAAGUGGGGGGGAUCGUGGAGCCCACUGAAGCAGCUGACUGCUGGAGCUUUGGCUCUCUCCUGUAUGAGUUGCUGACAGGAGUGCCACUCUCCCAAAACCAUCCAUCAGGGAUUCAGCCUCACACCCAGCUGUAUCUGCCAGAGGGCCUCAGCCUGGCUGCUACAUCGCUGCUCACUGAGCUCCUGCAGUACAAUCCCAAACGACGCUUGGGCUCUGGAGGAGGCGGCAUAACAAAGCUGAAGUCUCACUCCUUCUUCAGCACAGUCCCCUGGAACAAGCUGGUGGGCUAGGCAGGCUCUCCUUCCCCCAGGGAGCUGGGCCCUGGGCUGCUUCCCUGGCACUUGUGGCACUGGCA